AUGCCGAUGGUCAACUGGGCAAAAAAGCAACCAACCAGCAGACCCUCUUUUGCGAAAUCUACGAAAUUGUCGUGCACAAGCUCGCGGCCGACGUCUGGCGCCUUCGCUCCUGCCAAGAAUGCGUACUUUGCGCAUCUCGUGUCACUGGAGGUCGUUGUGCCCUUCAGCUCCCCGAUCGAGACCACUGGUCGCCCGCAGACAGACUGCUACUUGUACCUUGAGCACACGAUGACGAACGGCACGUACUAG